AUGAUAAGAAGCACGCUAUCCAACUGGAGAGAGUAUUUAACACCGGUAUCUCACCAAUCGACGUUUGAACACACAGGACAGAUUACUCCUAACGAGUUUGUGAAGGCAGGAGACUAUCUUUGUCAUAUGUUUCCUACUUGGAAGUGGAACAACUCACAGCCAGGUAUUAGUUAUAGAGAUUUUUUGCCCAAGGAGAAGCAGUUUUUGGUGACGAGGAAGGUUCCCAGUAACGUAAGAGCCGCUGAGUUUAUGUCAAUUGAUGACAAUAACGUGCAUAAUGGUGACGAGUACUGGGUAUUGGAGUCUAGCAAGAGGUCAGAUAUGCAAGAAGAGGUGAAUAGAGAGACUGACGGUGAGGAUAUUGACGAGAUGUUAGAAAAGAUGGACAUAGAAGAUAGAGAGGGUGACGAGAGCGACAUAAUAAAUCUCAGGCCAAGUUACACAAGAUACUACGAUUUGUACAUUACCUAUUCGACUUCAUAUCGUGUUCCGAAGAUAUAUUUGGUUGGUUUUAAUAACGACGGGACGCCUCUUACUCCUGAACAAACGUUUCAGGAUAUUGCACCAGACUAUAGGACCAAAACGGCCACGAUUGAAAAGCUGCCAUUCUUCAAAACAUCAGUGACUUCAGUUUCAAUUCAUCCGUGUAAACAUGCUAACGUUAUGCGGGUGCUUAUGGAGAAAGUUCGCACAGUUAAACAGCGUCUACAGGAAAGCAACAACCAGGAUGGUAGCCAAAGGACAGGCGAAGAAUGGGAGGAUUUACAGGAUGACAUGGAUAAUGGGUUAAGGGUAGACCAAUAUUUGGUCGUGUUUUUGAAGUUUAUUACAAGUGUGACGCCAGGUAUAGAACACGAUUACACUAUGGAAGGGUGGUAA